CAACAUAUCAUAAACCCUACUCAUUGUUUGUUUAUUCAACGCUUCAGCACCAUUUCAAAUUCUAAUUAAAAGACCAGGAGAAAGGAAAAUCAGCUACGCCACACUCAUGGCAACGCUUAUCAGAAAUUCGCUGAUGAAGGCAUUGAUUGUUAUUUUCUUUGCAUCAGUAGCCACCGCCACAGGCGACGCCCCAUUCAUCGUCGCUCACAAGAAGGCAUCGUUGACCAGACUCAAAUCAGGUUCCGAACGCGUUUCUGUCUCCAUCGACAUCUACAACCAAGGCUUCUCGACAGCAUAUGAUAUGAGUCUCCUCGAUGAUAGCUGGCCUCAAGAUAUGUUUGAUAUUGUCAGUGGCAACACUUCACGGUCGUGGGAAAGACUUGAUGCUGGUGGUCUUCUAUCUCAUUCAUUUGAACUAGAGGCCAAAAAGCAAGGAAUGUUCUAUGGUGCCCCGGCAGUAAUUACUUUCCGCAUUCCCACAAAGGCUGCUUUGCAGGAGGCAUAUUCAACUCCAAUCUUGCCAUUAGAUGUUCUUGCAGAAAGACCUCCUGAGAAGAAGUUUGACUGGGCUAAGAGGUUGCUGGCUAAGUAUGGAUCUCAAAUCUCUGUGAUAUCAAUUGUGGUUCUAUUCAUCUACCUGAUUGUGACACCAUCAAAAUCCACUGCUGCAAAAGCAAGCAAGAAGAAGCGCUAAGUAAAGUAGAUGUGCUGAGAAAAGCCGACCUUUCUUUUUCUUUGCAGUUAAAUAGGGUUUCCCUUUGUUGUUGUUUUUUAAUUUUUCUUUUAUUACGGUUAGAACAUAUGUUAUCGGGAAUUUCUAUUCAAAUGAGUUUAGCACAAGAAGAAUCAACUGAUUCCUAGUUCAUAGGGCUAGUAAACUUGAUUGAAGUAAGUAAUGCUAGGAGUGGAUUAAGUAAUAUUACAGUGAUGGGGUGUCAAUUUUGAAAUUUGACACUUAUGAUUGUAUUGUUAUGUUAUGCUGAUAAAGUUGGUGAGUCGUUAUAUGCAUACAACAUUGCAUUAGAUGUGAUUGAAGUUAGGGAUGAAAAACCCUAGACUAGACUCUGAGGGUUACCAGCCUUAUAAAUGAAGGAGCUUUUGUUUUUUUA